AUGAACUCCAAGCACACUUCCCUCCUCCUCCUCCUCCUCCUCACCACCAUUGCCACCACCUCCACCACCGCCUUCAACAUCACCCGUCUCCUCUCCGACUACCCGGACUUCGCCUCCUUCAAUGAUCUCCUCACUCAAACCGGCCUCGCCGAUGAGAUCAACAGCCGCCAAACCAUCACCAUUCUCGCCGUCGACAACUCUGGCCUCGAUGCCGUCUCCGACCGUCCCGUAGACGUCGUCAAGCGUAUUCUCUCCGUUCACGUCAUCCUCGACUACUACGACUCUGCCAAACUCCAAAAGCUAUCCAAGAAAAAGAACACUCAACUCACCACCCUCUUCCAAACCUCCGGCAUUGCCACCAACCAGGCCGGAUUCCUCACCGUCACUCAGAUGGAUGACGGCGAAGUCAGCUUCGGUUCCUCUGUCCCCGGUGCCGGCAUUGGUGCCAAUCUCGUCAAGGAGGUGGUUACCAAGCCCUACAACAUUUCUGUUCUUCAAAUCACCGAUAUCGUCGUCCCCCCGGGUAUCGACAACCUUAAGUUCCAAGCUCCACCACAGGCUCCUCCUCCUCCUCCUGCUUCUGCACCUUCUGAUGAUGAGGCCACAGCUCCGGCAAGCUCAUCUGAUGAUGCAGAGACUCCGGCUGUGUCUGAGGCUCCUGCUGCUGAGGCUCCGGUUGCUGAAGGUCCGGCUGCUGCUUCUCCAGUGGCUGAUGCUCCUAAGGGUGAGAAAGCUGCUGCUCCGGCGGCCGAUGAGAAGUCUUCUGCCGGACGUUUGGGAGCUGCAGUCGCCGGUGUUGCUUUGGCUGUUGCUUCUUCCUUCUUUGCUGCUUUGUAA